GAGCCGCCUGAGGAGGAGCGGCGCAGGGGAUGCGGCUGUGGUGGCGGCGGCGGCGGCGGCCGAGCGCGGGUGGCGGCUGUGGCGGCGGAGGGGGGCGCGGGCCGGCGAUGGCGCGGCGGCCCUGAGGGCGCGGGGCGGGCGGCGGCCGGAGGGCGGGCGGCGCGGGAGGAAGCGGCGGCGGUGGCUCCAUGGCCCGGGCGCGCUGAGGGACCCGGCGCUUGCCUCAGCCCGGCGGCGGCGGCGGCGGCCGAACAAUGAAGCUCCUGAAGCCGACCUGGGUCAACCACAAUGGCAAGCCGAUUUUUUCAGUUGAUAUUCACCCUGACGGGACCAAGUUUGCAACUGGAGGACAAGGGCAGGAUUCUGGGAAGGUUGUGAUCUGGAAUAUGUCUCCAGUCCUCCAGGAGGAUGACGAGAAGGAUGAAAAUAUUCCCAAGAUGCUUUGCCAGAUGGACAAUCACUUAGCAUGUGUGAACUGUGUGCGGUGGUCAAACAGUGGGAUGUAUUUAGCUUCUGGGGGAGAUGACAAACUGAUUAUGGUGUGGAAGCGGGCUACGUACAUCGGCCCCAGCACCGUGUUCGGCUCCAGUGGUAAGCUUGCCAAUGUGGAGCAGUGGCGGUGUGUCUCCAUCCUCCGGAAUCAUUCAGGCGAUGUGAUGGAUGUAGCAUGGUCUCCCCAUGAUGCCUGGCUAGCCUCGUGCAGCGUGGAUAACACUGUCGUCAUCUGGAAUGCUGUAAAGUUCCCAGAAAUUCUAGCUACUCUGAGAGGUCAUUCUGGCUUGGUCAAAGGGUUGACAUGGGACCCUGUUGGUAAAUACAUAGCCUCUCAAGCUGAUGACCGCAGCCUAAAGGUGUGGAGGACGCUGGACUGGCAGUUGGAGACCAGCAUCACCAAGCCUUUUGAUGAGUGUGGAGGAACGACCCAUGUGUUGCGGCUCAGCUGGUCACCUGAUGGGCAUUACCUGGUGUCUGCCCAUGCCAUGAACAACUCAGGCCCCACUGCCCAGAUCAUCGAACGGGAGGGAUGGAAGACCAACAUGGACUUUGUUGGGCACCGGAAAGCUGUGACUGUCGUGAAAUUCAACCCAAAAAUCUUCAAAAAGAAGCAGAAGAAUGGGAGUUCUGCAAAGCCCAGCUGCCCGUACUGCUGCUGUGCUGUUGGCAGCAAGGACCGCUCGCUUUCUGUCUGGCUCACAUGUCUAAAACGGCCGCUGGUGGUCAUCCAUGAACUGUUUGACAAAUCCAUCAUGGACAUUUCCUGGACUCUGAAUGGGCUGGGCAUCUUGGUGUGCUCUAUGGACGGAUCUGUGGCAUUCCUUGACUUCUCCCAGGAUGAGCUUGGCGAUCCCCUGAGCGAGGAGGAGAAGAGCCGCAUUCACCAGUCCACCUAUGGCAAGAGCCUAGCCAUCAUGACCGAGGCCCAGCUCUCCACAGCCGUCAUUGAGAACCCUGAGAUGCUCAAGUACCAGCGGAGGCAGCAGCAGCAGCAGCUGGACCAGAAGAGUGCCGCGACCAGGGAGAUGGGCUCAGCUGCCUCAGUCGCAGGCGUCGUCAAUGGGGAGAGUCUUGAAGAUAUCAGGAAGAAUCUUUUGAAGAAACAAGUUGAGACUCGGACGGCAGAUGGCCGGAGAAGAAUCACGCCUCUCUGCAUAGCACAGCUGGACACUGGGGACUUCUCUACGGCAUUCUUUAACAGCAUCCCCCUCUCGGGCUCCCUGGCGGGCACCAUGCUCUCUUCUCAUAGCAGUCCACAGCUACUGCCACUGGACUCCAGUACCCCUAACUCCUUCGGCGCCUCGAAGCCUUGCACAGAGCCUGUGGUGGCUGCCAGUGCCAGACCUGCAGGCGAUUCUGUCAAUAAAGACAGUAUGAAUGCUACCUCUACUCCUGCUGCAUUGUCACCUUCUGUGUUAACGACCCCGUCCAAGAUCGAACCCAUGAAAGCGUUUGACUCCCGGUUCACAGAGCGGUCCAAAGCCACACCAGGUGCUCCUGCCCUGACCAGCGUGACUCCGACAGCUGUGGAAAGGUUAAAAGAGCAGAACCUUGUGAAAGAGCUGAAGCCCCGAGACCUCCUGGAGAGCAGCAGUGACAGCGAUGAGAAAGUCCCUUCGGCUAAGCCUUCCUCACUGUCCAAGCGAAAACUUGAGCUUGAGGUAGAGACAGUAGAGAAGAAGAAGAAAGGGCGGCCUCGGAAGGACUCUCGUCUCAUGCCUGUGUCUCUGUCUGUCCAGUCUCCAGCUGCCCUAACCGCAGAGAAGGAGGCCAUGUGUCUGUCUGCACCAGCACUUGCACUGAAGCUGCCAAUUCCAGGCCCCCAGAGAGCAUUCACCCUCCAGGUCAGCUCCGAUCCCUCCAUGUACAUUGAGGUGGAGAAUGAAGUGACAGUGGUGGGGGGCGUGAAGCUGAGCCGCCUGAAGUGCAACCGGGAAGGGAAGGAGUGGGAGACGGUACUCACCAGCCGGAUCCUCACUGCUGCGGGCAGCUGUGACGUGGUGUGUGUCGCCUGUGAAAAAAGGAUGCUGUCAGUGUUCUCCACCUGUGGUCGCCGUCUCCUCUCUCCCAUCCUCCUGCCAUCCCCGAUCUCUACUUUGCAUUGCACAGGCUCCUACGUCAUGGCGCUCACCGCUGCAGCCACACUCUCUGUCUGGGAUGUUCACAGACAGGUGGUUGUGGUGAAAGAAGAGUCUCUACACUCCAUCCUGUCAGGAAGUGAUAUGACGGUAUCACAGAUCUUGCUGACGCAGCAUGGAAUCCCAGUAAUGAACCUGUCCGAUGGGAAGGCGUACUGCUUUAAUCCGUCACUUUCUACAUGGAACCUGGUUUCUGACAAGCAGGACUCACUGGCUCAGUGUGCAGACUUUAGGAGCAGCCUGCCAUCCCAGGACGCCAUGCUGUGCUCAGGACCGUUAGCCAUAAUCCAGGGCCGCACCUCCAACUCGGGAAGGCAGGCUGCCCGGCUCUUCUCCGUGCCUCAUGUGGUGCAGCAAGAGACCACCCUGGCCUACCUAGAGAACCAGGUGGCAGCAGCACUCACCCUGCAGUCCAGCCACGAGUACCGCCAUUGGCUCCUCCUCUACGCACGGUACCUCGUAAACGAAGGGUUUGAAUACCGACUUCGAGAAAUAUGCAAGGACUUACUGGGUCCAGUUCACUACUCCACUGGAAGCCAGUGGGAGUCAACAGUAGUGACUUCUCCAGCACCCAGCCUCAGGUCCCAGCAUCAGUGAGAGGGUGACAUGCCGGCCCUCCACAACCUGGCAGGAGCUGGGCCCUGGACAUCAGGAGCCACGGAGUGCUCCGCCACCUGCCUGUGCUGAGAGAGGCUGCCUGCAGGGGCUCUGGGCUUGGUUGUGAAGACAAAAGACGGAAGGUACUUCCCUGUCUUCGUGGAGCUCGGUCUGGUAGGGAUGCACACAUAAGCAAGGAGGCAUUUAGAUCAACAAAAUAUUUUCAGACUAGAUUCUGACCAAGAAGGAAGUAAGCAGGGUCUUCAGAUGAGAGUGCCUGGGAAGGAGUGACCAGGAAGGCCUUGCGAGAGGACAUGGCAGAUGAAACCCAAGGAGAGCGAGACAGCCAUACAGAGACCUGGAGAAAGUGUUUCCUAGUAGAAGUGAGAGUAAAAGCAAAGAGUGCUUGAUCUGUUUGAAGCCACUGUGGCUGGCACAUAGAAGGCAAAAGGAGAGGGUGGUGUGAAAUGAUGCAGGAGGUGGACCACAGAGACCUUUACAGGAGCUAGCGUUUUAUUCUAGGCAGAGGUGGCGCAGAGGUGUCAUGAACUAAAAUAGAAAAACAAUCAGGGAGUAUCUUCUGUAACAGUCCCAGGAAGAGAUGAAGGUGACUUGGGUCAGUGUGGUGGCCAUGGAGAGGGGAAAGGGGACAGAUUCAAGAUGUAUUUUGGAGGCAGAACCAGUAAGAUUUGAUGGGUGGUUGGAUGUGGAAGGAAAGAGCAUAAUGAACAUGUGGCACCUCCAGGUUCAGCUGCAAAAAAUGGAUGCCAGAACCAUUCAUUAAAUCAAGAAGGGAACAGGUUGGUGGGGGAUGGGAGAAGGUAAGGAUCUAAGAGUUAGCUCACAGCUUCAUUCAAUCAUUGAGCAAUUACUGAUGGGGCAUCUCCCCUGGCCAGGCAUGUUAUAGGCAUGGGGCAUGCAGCAGUGAGUAAGGCAGAGUGAGUCCCUGCAUUCGUGGAUCUGCUUUCUUAUGGAGAGAGACAGACUAAGCAAAUGAGAAGAGGUAUCUGUAGUGUCUUCAGUGGUGAUGGAUGCCGUGGGAAAAAAAUUAAAAGGGCAGGGAGAUAUAGAAUACUGGCAGGAUGGUAUUUCAUGUUGGG